AUGAAGUUCACAAACGCCAUCAUCUUCGCUACAAUCGCUUCCUCUGCUAGCAUUCCUGAUUCGGGCAGCUUAAGCAUCUUCAGAAAUGCCCUGGCCAGCAUCGACUCCGGAAUGCAGCUCCAUAUUGAGAAAACCAGCCCCUUCCAGGGCACAAAUAGCACUCUCUUGGGCUUCAUGAAUGAGUUUGUCUUGUCUGUCAAGCAGAGCACGGAAAAGAUGUUGGAGGCCAGCACGCUCGGAUACGACGACUCCGUUGCGCUCAAGGCCUUGACCAAGCCCGUUCUGCUAGAAAAGGGCAGGCUCGUUCUCAACACUCUGGAUGAAACCUGGUUCUCCAUCGUGGAGGCCUGUGACUGCAGAGAAAUUCAACAGCUCUUCGACGCCUAUGGCGGAUCCAUCUCGGAUGUCUACCAGGCCAUUGACGAUAGGCUUGUUACGUACGACGUCCAGGUCGAGCCGAAGAAUGUCAUUCGCCAACAGUACCAAGAGUUUCAGAGCCGUCUGAGUGGCGUCAAGCACGUGUUCUUGAACGUUUGCGUAGAUGGCUAG